AGUGUGUGCAAUCUGUCAAGAGGCACACAUGUCUAUUAUGUUGCAAUUGAUUUUCUCCCGCAUCAAGCGCAAUGAGAACUUCAACAUCUAGGAGAUUCAGUGCUGCUAUUCAAGUUAUAAUUACAUGUUAGAGGAACUCGGAGCAUUGACUUUAUCUGGCAUAUUGACACACGCUGGUUCUGGCGUUAACAACUGUUUUAAGGUGCUGGCAAUUACAACGUCAACAACGAGUGUACACAUGACACGGUAAUAGUGUCCCGAUCAAUAGUUCCCCAACAAGCCAGGGACCGCUACCACCGUCCUUUAUAAUGUCCAGCUUUCAGGAAGAAUGGCCAUAGGUCGCAACCUACAGCUGAAUGCUUCUGUGAGAAGUCUUACCACGUACGCGUCCAUAACCUGACUGCUUGCAUUUUCCACAUUUGUUCAUCGUAAUAAGCUGCGAAGUGCUAACGACGUCCAAACGAUUGAGCGUGUUUUACACAACAGUAGUCACAGAGUGAUUCGGGGAUCAAUGAUCGAUAUGCUGUAGGCGAGUUAUGGCUCCGCCUCCUAGAAGAAAAUAUGUUGUUGUGUGUCGACACUGACAGGAGUCGCUCAUCCUUCAGACACGUAUACACACGAGGGAGCGGCACGGGCAAGUGAAGGCACUGGUCUGCGUAUCGACACGCCUUGAUAUUUUCCAGACGUUUGUACUCGGAUAUAGCUACGGCGAGCUUACUGAGCAAGUGUGUCACGUUUUCAUAUUUCAGAUGAGAUGAUUCGCGACCCAAUCUCCACAUGUGCAUAAACUUUCCUCGGACAAACUACAUGGACGAUCCAAUUCUGAAAUUGGCGGGGAAAGGUAACUUUUCCACCCCAGACGAAAACUUCACCUGGUACCGGCCGGACACAAUACACCAAGUCGCCCAUUGCUUGACCUUAUACUUCCAACCAAUCAUAUGCCUUUUUGGGGUCGUUGGGAAUAUCAUAUCACUGAUUGUAUUUUCGUCCAAAAAGCUGCGGACUGUGUCGUGUAAUGUGUACCUGGCGGCCCUGUCCGCCAGCAACAGCGCGUUCCUAUUGGCCUUGUUCAUCGUUUGGCUGGAGAUGCUUGGAAUACGACUUGUUCAUCAGAAUGGUUGGUGCCAGACUGUCAUCUUCGUUACUUACGUGUGCAGUUUUCUAUCCAUCUGGCUCAUUGUGUGUAUUACAAUUGAGAAUUUCAUCAUAACGUUCCAUCUCCAUGACGCUCCCCGACUGUGCACCGUCAGCAGAGCGUUGAUAGUGGUCGGCGGCCUCACCUUCUUCGCGUUACUUCUGUACGACUUUGCUUUAUGGUCGACCAAAGAGACGGAGAUUCAAAAUACAACGUACUGCUUUGUAUCGGAUGAGUAUGGCACCAUAGUUGCCGUUCUAACCUGUGUGGAUGUCGUGAUAACACUUGUGCUGCCUUCACUGUUAAUCAUAUCAUUCCUCAUAGCUAUAUUCAUUAAAAACAUAUCCCAGCCCAAUGGUUUCAGAACAAACAUGAGACGUGUCCUUACUCGUAAGGAAAGAGCGUUGUUACGAGUAACAAGACUCCUCUUUGUUAUUACCGUUUCAUUUAUGAUAUUUUCAGCUCCUAGCCACGUGAAUAAACUGUGGUAUUUGAUUUCAAUCCUGGCAAGUGAUAAAAAUGAAGCGACUCAGCACGACAGAGUUACACAACAUUUGUGCCAGUUAGUAUAUUAUACAAGUUUCUCGUGUAAUUUUGUUUAUUACCUUAUAUGGGGGAAGAAUUUCAGACACGUGUUGUUCAAUAUUAUCAAAAGUGUUGGUAAAUGCUGUUGCAAGCGUCUGCGACCACCUUGAACUCCUCCAUGUAAUAUCAUGGUGUAUUUCGUCCAAAAACAUGUGCUUUGCAAUGUACACUUGUAUUAUAGAGCUUUGAUAUAUACAUCUUUGAAUAAAUACAUCAGUGUUGAUUUUCGA